AUGAAUCAUACAAAUUACUUUAUUCUAGGCAUCCUCAAGACAUUAACUCACAGUUAUUGCAGAAAUUCCUCUGGAAUGCAGAUUGUAAUCGGGACCCAUCGCAUAGCGGCAGCCCUGGUAGUAUUGCAUGAAUGGCGGCAGCGCCAUAAGCAGCAGAUGGGCCGCAGUGAGAUCCUCACGCUGGGGCGGUGGCACGAUCCUUACGCCGGGGGUGGCAUUGCUUCAGGCUGCGGCGUGGCAUCUCAGGCAUGUUCCUACCCUUGCCAGUGUCCCACACAGAGUCCCCCCUGCCCUCUUGGCAACAGCCUUUCGCUAGAUGGCUGUGGUUGCCGCAAGGUAUGUUCCCGGCAGCUUGGGGAGCUGUGCUCGGUGCAGGAACCUUGUGAUCACCACAAAGGGCUCUACUGUGACUUUUCCAAAACCCAGAAAGACGGAGGCAUCUGCUUAGCUCAUGAAGGGUCCUCCUGUGUCCUGAUGGGGAAAACCUAUCUAAAUGGAGAGAGCUUCCAGCCCAGUUGUCAGCUGCAGUGUAUCUGCAUGGAUGGGUCCAUUGGCUGCAUUCCCCUUUGCACUGAUGGGGCACCACUCCCUCCCUCUGAUUGUCCCCUCCACUGCUGGGUAAAAGCACAGAACAAGUGUGGCGAAGAGUGGGUGUGUGAAGGAAGCAGUCAAAAGACCCCUUAAAGGAAGAAAGGGAAGAGGUGCCUGCGAAACCCUAAAUCUCACGAGGCAAUCCAUUUUGAGUUCAUCGGCUGCACCAGCAUCCACUUCUACUGGACCAAGUUCUGUGGCAGCUGCACGGACAAUCACUAUUGUACGCCACGUAUCACCAGCACAGUGAAAGUGGAAUUUCGGUGCCCCGAGGGAGAGUCAUUUGUUCGAAAAAUGAUGUUCAUCAAGUCUUGCUCUUGCCACUAUGACUGUCCUGCAGAUAAUGAUGUCUUUCUGGCCAGUUACCACCGGUCAAUGGAAGGGGACCACUUCAAACUAAAGAAUCAGUAAUGCUGGGUCCUGCUCCCACUCUAAACCCGGCAGAUUGAAUGUAUCUAAAAAUGCAUUUGCUGAUCACAAAUGAUCCGAGAGACUUCAUGUCCAGAGACGAGUAACGUAUAUCUGGUGCUGCAUUCUAAGACAGGGCUAAUGUACUUGAUUCUCCACCAACCACACCCAAUCUUCUCUGAAGACCCAGAUUCCAUGUUCUUUCCCCUGUGAGGUAUCGAAAGCACAUUGAUGUGUCCUAUCUACAUUUGGUUGCUGAAUCUAUACUAGCAGUUUUGCUAUAUGGAUGCCUAUCAUCAGCUCUUUCCUUCACAUAAUCUUGGUCAUGCACAAUGAAGCCUGUCAGAAAAUGUUAGCUCACAAUGGUAUAGUAUCCUCUUGCUGCAGAUGUUGAACAAGCAUGCAGAAAUAUGUUCAGAAGCUGUGGAGA